AUGGCCUCCCCGGAUCCUUACGCCGAUUUCGGGAAGUCGCCGCGGGCGCGACAAGCGGCGGAAUCAGAAGAAUGGAAGGCCGGAAAGGAGCAAGUCUUCGGCGUCAUUGAUGAAAUGAAGGCGCUCACCGAACAUUGGAUGACAAGAGGGCAAAAAGCCGAGCAGAUGAUCGCUCAUUUACUGGACCUGCCGCCUCCCCAAGGCCAAGCUCAGGUGUCUGAGCUCUACGAAAUGGCACAAAGGCGGCAACAGAAGAUGAAUGAAUGGAAGAAAGAGCGAGCGCUCAUUUUCCAACGAGUCGUCCAAAUCCGCCGCUUGCUGAAUAUGAACGAGGGAGGCAAACGCGAUCUGGACGGGAACCUAGCCGAAGUCCACGGCGAAAUCAAGCACUUCCGUCAGAAUCUGGACCAAUACCGGAAGCAACUGCAGAUGCAAAACAUGGAUCGUGAAGCGCUCAACAGCAAGAUCGCCGAAGUGCGUCAAAUGCUGGACGAGACGUCGAUGGCGGCUGGGGAGCUGGCCAAGCCAGGGGCCGAAGUCCGAGCAAUGCACAAUCAAUCUCACAUGCACUCUGACCUCGCAAUUAGUCCUCACACGAGAAACCGUACUAGAUCCAGGUCCUUCGACAACACCCUGGACUAG